AAAAUGGAUGAAGGCAAUCAUACUGUGGUGUCAGAAUUUAUACUCUGGGGACUUUCCAGUUCACAGAGGAUAGAGGUCUUACUCUUUGUGGUGUUUUUAAUGCUUUAUCUUCUCAUUGUUUCUGGAAAUAUUGUCAUUCUGGUUUUAAUCACCACUGACCCCCAUCUGCAUUCUCCCAUGUACUUCUUGUUGGCCAACCUGUCCUUUAUUGAUAUGUGGCUCUCCUCAGUCACUACUCCUAAGAUGAUCACAGACUUUCUCAGGGAAAACAAGACCAUUUCCUUUGCAGGAUGUAUGUCACAAGUCUUCUUUGCUCAUUGCAUUGCUGCAGGAGAGAUGGUGCUGUUGGUGGUAAUGGCUUAUGAUCGCUAUGUGGCCAUCUGCAAACCACUCCAUUACUUCACUAUCAUGAACUUGAGGAGAUGUACUGGGUUGGUGUUCACUUCCUGGACAACUGGGUUUGUACAUGCUAUGAGUCAUUUGAUAGUGAUUGUGGAGUUACCUUUUUGUGGACCUAAGGAAAUAGAUAGCUUUUUCUGUGACAUGCCAUUGGUCAUUAAGCUAGCUUGCAUGAAUUCCCGUGACUUGGAUGUUCUAAUGAAUGCUGACUGUGGACUUGUGGCUGUAACUUGCUUUAUUCUGUUGCUUAUUUCCUAUACAUAUAUUCUUAUCACUGUAUGUCAGAGCUCUAAAGCUGGUGCAUCGAAGGCGAUGAACACAUGCACUGCCCACAUUACAGUGGUGCUCAUCUUUUUUGUGCCCUGCAUCUUCAUCUAUGUGUGGCCCCUCAAUAUCACCUGGUUGGAUAAAUUUCUUGCUGUGUUUUACUCUGUUUUUACACCUCUCCUAAAUCCAGCCAUUUAUACUCUGAGAAAUAAAGAGAUGAAAAACGCCAUGAAAAGAUUUAUAAGCAACUACCUUGGUCACAAAGGAAAAUUCUAA